AUGGAGAUCCUGAAGGACCUGCAUACCUCUAUUACAGAGGUAUGUAAGGCUUCGUUUGAUGAUGCGUACAAAAAACUUGAGUCGCGACAAGCGACUCACGAGGCGCAAGUGAAAACAGCCGAAAGGAAGGCAUCGAUUGCCAUCGAGGCCCAGCAAGCCGCGGAGCAAAGGGUUCAAGAACUUCAACUUGAAUGUUCCGCACUUCGGGAUGAGCUGGGCACCUACAAGAAUGGUCCAAGUGACCUCGAACUCCCGGCCGAAAUUACCAAUUUGGAAAGGGAGUUUGCACCGAAGAACAUAUGGAGGACCGAUCUACUAGAUGCGGACCAGUUGCGGGAGAUCCUUGAAGACAAAUACACUACCCUCUACACCGAUAUGCAAGCAUUCAUCCGAAGUUGGAGCAGCCUCAAAUCAAAGUUACUCCAGCACAAGAAGAAACUGCGGCUCUGGGACAAACAACUGGCCCGAGAGUCGUUCACUAUCCUGCUUGAUCAAAGACUAGUCACGUUCCAGAGAGUCCAGAGCACCAAUGCCAUGGCUACAGGGAACAAUCGGAAGUCAUCCAUCCCGGGGACCAGGAUGCGAACACAGUCAGCUUCGGAAAACUCUGAAGGCCCAAGCAAUGUGCCCAGUAUUAUCGCGUCUACCCCGAAUAUCGAAAGUCGAGCAGAAUCAAGCCCUAAGAUUACGACGGAAGAAAAUAGCCAGCAAACAGAUGCCGACGAACCAGGGGUGGCUGAUAUCCGGCGUGGCCCUGCUACCGCUGGUGGUCUGCCAUCCUCAGAGUCAACUUCAGACGUACUCCAUUCUCUCCCCAAUCUACAAACAAGAAAGAGAAAGCGCGUCCUUCCCUCUUCCCAAGGACAACCAAAAGAAGGUGCCGCCGAACGACCAGUACUUGUGAAGGCCGAAAUAAGGUCAUCAAGCCCAAUACACCAGUCGGCUUAUGGCCUCGGGCAGCAUUUUCCUAGCACUCAAGACCUGGAUGAGAUUGGUGGUGCUGUGCCAACACCCACUAAACGGCAUGCCCACCGAGAAGUACAUUGGGAAGAUGAAGAUGAAGACGAAGAGGAGGAGUCAGUUUCCGGCACUCAGCAAGCUAUUGCAGAUCAAGUUUCGCAACAUCAAACUGUGCUGCAACCAGUUGAUGGCAAUGUCCGAACAGCCAGACCCUGGGGGAAAGGGCCUGAUAUGAAAAGGCAGAAAGUCGGAGACCUACACGCUUUAUCUAUGGCAGAGGAUGGGGACUCUGGCGAUGGACAUAAUCGUACUCAAAAACACAACUCAAAAAGCACCCCGGCUAAUCGAAAAGGGACGCCAAAAUCCAAAGCGGAUGGGAAAGCCGCUUCGGAUCGCCUGCAAGGUCUUCUAGAAGGAUCCCUCCCCUCCAAAUCACCACUUGGUUCCCCUAAAAAGGUUCUGACGUCCAGUAUUCAAAACGGAGGCGGAAGUUCUAACCCGCGAAGGAAUGGGAGAACGAUCAAGGCUACACCUCCCGGACCACAUGCAGAGCAACCCGACAAACAAGCGUCACAAACAGGCCCGGAGGUGCAGCCCGAAGAAGAGCCUUACCGAUCCCGCCCUCUGCAUCGUCUAAACCUAGACCAUUUCAAAAUCAAUCCGGCCAGAAAUCAAGGCCUUGACUAUGCCUACGACACGGUUGUCCGCAAGAAGGAUGACCGCAAAUGCAUGUCCGGCUGCACACGCCCCGGCUGCUGUGGGGAUCGAUUCCGCGCAAUGGCUCGCAUGGGAAUACAAGGCGCAAACGCCUCCGCUGAGUCGAAGGAAGAAGAUCAGCAGAUUCUGGAAGAGUAUGUGGGCGAGGAUCGGCAUCUUCUUCACGGGCUGAGUGAUAAAAAUCGCGAAAAUCUUUUGGUGGAAGCUCGAGCCCGAGUCCUUGCCGAUCAGUAUGGACGGCAUCGACAUACUCAUCAGCGAGCCCGGAGUCCCCCUGGAUUCUGGCGAACUGACAUGCCGUCCACCCAGGAAAUAGAGACGGACCGAGAAGCUGCUAGGAGAAUGGAGCGAGAGAAGGUCGAGGAGCGAUACCGAGAGGCAAUGCGACCCGGGGGACUUUGGACCUGGGCCGACGAGUGA